AAUAUGCAGAGGCUUGAGGACCUUCUACGGGAUUCAGAGAGCAUUGAUGGGCAAGAUUUUUCUCAGCAGCCAUCUUUGUCCAGUUGGUGUCAAAGACCGAAAGGGGCCCAACAAUGUUGGCAACAGGCGAGGCCACAAAACAUUCACAACUUGUUGUCAGCUGAGAACAUUGUCCAGAUGAAGUGCAACCACUGUCACGUGACAGAAGCCAUCAUCCAUUGCAGGGAAUGUUUGCCCUCAGAGUGGUUUUGUGCAGAGUGUGAUCAAUUGGUACAUAAACGCCACACUCUGCACAGUAGGCAGACCACCAUGUAUGGCUUUUAUAAAUACAUUCCCCCAACUGAGUUUGUGAAACUCCAUGACGAUAAGUACAUCAUCUGUGAACAAGAUUGUGUGCUGCCAACAGCCUUUCCUCAAAAUAUAUGUUCCUGUGACGCUGGUGAUGUUGCAAUCUCUGUUGGUAGAUCCAUCAUACUGGUUUGCAUAAAUGGCCGUUAUAAUCUUCACGUUCCGGUGCUAACAUGCAAACAUUGCAAUAAGCAAUGGGCUCCAGAAGUCAGUGACUUUGUAAGGAGUGGUUACUGGCCCGGUACCAUGCAAGCACAGACACUUUUCCACCAAGAUCUGUUCCAUUCCUUUGAAGCUAUGAAGACAACAGCUCCAGGAAUGUCAGUGAAAGCCUUCACAGCAAUGUUGGACCAGAGAACAAAACGGUUUGGAAGAACUGGCAAAGUGAAUGCAGAUGCUUUUCAGAGGAGCUUUCUGCAAUUUGUGUACUGCAACCCUGAAGAGGACCAAAUUCUGGAAAAGGAGCCAUUUGUCUGUCCGGCCUGUAGUCCUGAAAUGGUGGCUGUUUCAGUGGAAAGCAACAGAAAACUCUACAGGUUCCAGAAAGCAAACCAGAGUGAAGAGCCAGGGUUCUUUGAUGGAGUGUUUUUAUCCCAAGACUCUGAGGUGUCCAGUUUUGUUGAGGAAGUCCGGGGGGCUGUCAAGAGUGUAAGUUUUCAAUCAGGCUGAGCAGCGGGUAUCUCUGGCUUAU